GUGCGCCUCCUGGCAGUGGUAGUUGCUGUGUGCGGCCUGGCCCUGGUGGCAGUUUUCCUCCUUCUCUUUUGGAAGCUGUGCUGGGUUCCCUGGAGGAACAAGGCCGUUUGUCCCAGCCCGGCCGUGGCGCAGAGCCAGGAGAACAUGGCGGACAAGCUGAAGGACAGGGGCGCCAUCAGCUUCCUGGAGGCCGCGGUGAAGAUCAGCCACACGUCGCCAGACAUCCCCGCAGAGGUCCAGAUGUCCAUGAAAGACCACCUCAUGCGGCGCACGCGGAUCCAGAGGCAGACAACGGAGCCCGCGUCUUCCACCAGGCACAUCUCCUUCAAAAGGCACCUUCCUCGGCAAAUGCACGUAUCCAGCAUGGACUAUGGCAUGGACCCGCCGGCUGUGGCCGAGCAGCCCACCAGCAUCGGUCGCAUUAAGCCUGAGCUCUAUAAGCAAAAAUCUGUUGACUCUGAGGACCCCAAAAAAGAGGCAGCAAAGACCUGUGGGAAAAUUAACUUCACCCUCAAGUAUGACUACGAGAACGAGACACUGACUGUCCGGAUUCUCAGGGCGUUUGACUUGCCAGCCAAAGACUUCUGCGGCAGCUCAGAUCCCUACGUGAAGAUCUACCUCCUGCCCGACAGGAAGCGCAAGUUCCAGACACGAGUCCACAGGAAGACCCUGAAUCCCACCUUCGAUGAGUCCUUCCACUUCCCCGUGCCCCACGAGGAGCUGACGAGCAGGAAGCUCCACCUGAGCGUCUUUGACUUUGACAGGUUCUCCAGGCACGACAUGAUAGGAGAAGUCAUCUUGGAGAACCUGUUCGAGGCCUCGGACCUUUCCCGGGAGACGUCCAUCUGGAAGGACAUCCAGUAUGCGACCACGGAAAGCGUGGACCUGGGAGAGAUCAUGUUUUCCCUUUGUUAUUUGCCAACUGCAGGUCGCCUCACCUUAACCGUCAUUAAAUGCAGGAAUCUCAAAGCUAUGGAUAUCACUGGUUACUCAGAUCCAUAUGUGAAAGUGUCUUUGCUCUGUGAUGGGCGAAGACUGAAAAAGAAGAAAACCACCAUAAAGAAAAACACGCUUAAUCCCACUUACAAUGAAGCAAUAAUCUUUGACAUCCCCCCAGAGAACAUGGAUCAAGUCAGUCUGCUUAUCUCCGUCAUGGAUUACGAUCGGGUGGGUCACAACGAGAUCAUCGGGGUUUGCCGCGUGGGCGUCAGUGCCGAGGGCCUGGGCAGGGACCACUGGAACGAGAUGCUGGCGUACCCACGCAAGCCCAUCGCGCACUGGCAUCCAUUAGUGGAGGUGAAGAAGUCUUUCAAAGAGUGGCAAGGCCGGGCAGCGAGCUUUGACAGCCAGGGUUCCUGUCCCUCGCCCAAACCACCACCCACGCCGUGAUGCAGGGAGCGGCGAGCGAAACGGGACUAAACCGAGUUAUUUCUGCGCUUGGCCUGCAGUCUCAGUAAUCUGUGGCCGAGUGGCAGUGGCAGCAGCGAGACUUUC